GGAGGGUUUGAAGUUAAUGGAGAGUAAGUGCAAGCCAAACACGAUUACUUAUAAUUGUUUGAUUGAUGGGUUUUCUAAAGUGGUGAGAUCGAGAGAGGGCAAGAGCUAUUUGAGCUGAUGAAAAAUGGAUGGAGUGGAAGUCAAUGUGGUUACGCUUGAUGCAUUGCUUGAUGAGAUGUGUAAGCACGGGAGAGUUAGUAGUGCGGUGGAGUUUUUCAGCGAAAUGCAAGAGAAGGGUUUGAAAACAAAUGCUAUUAUUUACACUAUCGUGAUUACUUCUUUUUGCCGUGCAAACAAUAUCAACAAGGCCAUGAAGUUGUUUGAAGAAAUGUUAAAAAGUGGUCUCUCCCCAGAUGCACUUGUGUACAACAGCUUGAUAUCUGGCCUUAGCCGGGCUGGAAUAAUGGAUGAUGCUAGCAUCAUCGUGUCGAAAAAGAAAGCAGCUGGGUUCAACUUUGGAUGCUCUCAAUUACAAUAUUCAAAUUACACAAAUUUACAAGUUUUAAGGAUGUCUCUAAUAUUUGAUUUGAUGAAUGGCUGCCGUAAAAGGCCAACUAACCACAGGCUUUGCACCUCGGGUGAACAUUUCCAGAAUGGCUUACUCUAUGCAAGAAAUACAAAAGAAGAAGCAAAAAAAUUUAAACGUGCAAACCGCCGCCACCUACCUCCAGUCAUGGGACGACUCCUCCGCCACUACCUAACUAAACCCCACAUUUGCACCACCGUUCUACGCCGCUUCUGCUCCGAGCCCUACUCCUCUACACCACCAUCACCGCCAUCAUCAACCACCUCCUCUACCAUCCCUCAAAUAAUCUCUCUCCUACAGAACACUGACCCCAACGACUGGCCCAACAAACCCGAACUCUCCACCCUCCUCUCCUCUCUCACUCCUCUGUCACACCUCAAACUCGCCCGCCAGUUGCCCAAUUCCCAAAUUAUGCUUAAAUUGUUUCAACAUUUCAAAUCCACCUUUCCGCAACCCAACUCCACCACGUCCCUCUCCUUCAUAUUCCAAGCCGUUUUUGAGCACGCACUGCGCGAGCAUUCUGAUUCGGCAAGCAAGCUUUACGAGCUUUUUAUUCUAUCGAAAGAUGAAAAAAUUCCGCUCACAAUCAACGCCGCCACCCUCCUCAUCAAACGCUUUGGUCAGGCCAGAAUGGUUCAAGAAUUCGUCCAAGUUAAUGAUGCACUUGAUCCCGAUUCGAGAAACACCCAUGUGGUGAAUUCACUUAUUGACGCGCUGCUGAAAUCUGGGCGGAUUGAUGACGCACUGAAGCUGCUCGACGAAAUGCUGAAGCAGGAUACGGGAUACCCACCUAAUAAUAAUACCGUUGAUAUUGUUUUUACCGCAAUAUUAAAGAGGGGAUGGGUUGGAAGGGAUGUGAACGUGGAGGAAAUUUAUAAGCUCAUUUUGAAUUUUAGUGAACAUGGGAUUUUUGUAAAUAGUUUUUGGCUAACACAAAUAAUUACGAAGUUUUGUAGGACCGGACAGUGUGGCAAGGCAUGGGACCUCUUGCAUGAGAUAAUGAGUUUAGGGGGAGAUGUAGAGACGGCUUCUUGUAAUGCCCUUUUGACAGGGUUGGGAAAAGAACGUGAUUUUGUGAAAAUGAAUUUGCUUAUGGAGGAAAUGAAGGAAAAGGGAAUUCCACCGAAUGUCGUCACAUUUGGGAUUUUGAUUAAUCAUUUAUGUAAGUUUUAUAGGGUCGAUCAGGCUUUGGAAGCAUUUGAGAAGAUAAAAGAUGGAGACUUCAGAAUUGAGCCUGAUGUUGUGCUUUAUAAUACAUUGAUUGAUGGUUUAUGUAAAGUUGGGAGGCAGGAGGAGGGUUUGAAGUUAAUGGAGAGGAUGAAGUUGGAGAGUAAGUGCAAGCCAAACACGAUUACUUAUAAUUGUUUGAUUGAUGGGUUUUGUAAAUCGGGUGAGAUUGAGAGGGGGCACGAGCUAUUUGAGCUGAUGAACAAGGAUGGAGUGGAAUUAAAUGUGGUUACGCUUAAUACAUUGCUUGAUGGGAUGUGUAAGCACGGGAGAGUUAGUAGUGCGGUGGAACUUUUCAGCAAAAUGAAAGAGAAAGGUUUGAAAGCAAAUGCGAUUACUUACACUAUCUUGAUUACUUCUUUUUGCAGUGCAAACAAUACCGACAAGGCCAUUAAGUUGUUUGAAGAAAUGUUAGAAAGUGGUCUCUCCCCGGAUGCACUUGUGUACAACAGCUUGAUAUCGGGCCUUAGCCAGGCUGGAAGAAUGGAUGAUGCUAGCGUCAUUGUGUCAAAGAUGAAAGCAGUUGGGUACUACUUGGAUGUUCUGAGUUACAAUAUUCUAAUUAGUGGAUUUUGCAGGAAGAAUAAAAUGGAUAAAGUUUCUGAGACGCUUAAAGAUAUGGAGCAUGCAGGGGUGAAGCCAGACCGUGUCACGUAUAACACUGUGAUUUCAUACUUUUGCUCAAAAGGAGAUUUCGGGCACGCCCAUAGAGCUAUGCAGAAGAUGAUCAGUGAUGGUUUAGUGCCUAACAUCGUUACUUAUGGAGCAUUGAUUCAUGCUUAUUGCGUGGUUGGUAAAAUUGAUGAUGCUAUGAAAAUAUUCGGAGACAUGAGUUCUUCUUCAAAGGUGCCACCUAACACUGUUAUAUACAACAUGUUGAUUGACUCUCUGUGCAAAAAUAAUAAAGAAGAAGCUGCUCUUUCUUUAAUGAUUGACAUGAAGGAAAGAGGGGUUAGGCCAAAUACCACUACAUUUAAUGCCAUAUUCAAAGGCCUCCGACAGAGGAAUUGGUUGGAUAAAGCAUUGAAAAUGAUGGAUCAAAUGACUGAACAGGCUUGUAAUCCAGAUUAUAUUACAAUGGAAAUCCUUACUGAAUGGCUUUCUGCUGUUGGUGAAACAGAAAAAUUGCGAGCCUUUGUGAAGGGUUACGAGGUUUCUGCUUCAACUGCGUAGGAGGGUUGUAGCAUGUAAGAAAAAUCCCUCGUUCUUUUGCACCUCAUAGAGGAGAUGAAGAAAUGUGCCAUAUUCACCAGCAGACUGUGAUUCAUACACACCGAGUUCAGAUUCCAUUUGACAUGCAAAGUGAACAAGACUCUCUGUUCUUAUGGCCAAUUUGAAGGGAAGUAGUCAAUAUUCCCUGCUCAAUGGUUUGUCACAACAGUUUCCCAUACUCUUUAACUUUAAGAGCAGCGGUUUACUGGUGGUGAGAAGCACGCUCGAACUAUCUUUUUACAAU